AUGGACCUACCGGACUGCCCCCCUGGGACAGAAGGAUAUCAAGACUCUGUCUUUGAAGUGCCCAAAAAACCUGAUGAUCCAAUGUGCACCAAGGCUGAGCAAGAGUUUCAAGAUCACCUGAACAGUUUAAAGAUAAAGCUUGAAGAUGGCAGCACACGGCCCAUGGUCGAGCGCAGCGGGCGCGAUAUUUCUGGGAAGUGGAUAUAUCUCUGCUACCCUUGUGCGGCUGUCUGCAGCGGAGAGAGUAUUCUGCAGGUUCAUAUAUCGGGGAAGAAGCACAAGACUAAGUUGACGAUGACAACUGUAUGGCCUAAGAGCAUAUUUGAAGACCAUCCCUUUCAUCAAAAUAGUGUCAAAACCUCGACUUCAGAAAAAGUGCUUCAGAAAAUGGCACAAGCAGUUGACGCGCACAACCAAUCUUUUGAUAUUGAGAAGAAAUUCAGCAAGUACAGAAAUGUAACCUGUCACAUUCAAGAGUCGAUCGAUUCAAUAAAGGCUCCACUGAUAGGGCUGGAGUAUCUUAUCGAGCACCCUCCGGAGGAGGCGCACUACGAGCCCAAGUACAUCUGCACACUUUGCUCCAAGCAGGGACACCCGCGGACCAUCAUGAACCACAUGACUUGCUUCUGGCAUCGUUACAACUAUGUUAACCGUCACUUUCGCAAAGCGUGCAAUGUUCUAACACCUUACGGGGGUCAGUCUAAGUACCGUGAAGGAGUGGGUAUAGUGGUGAGUCGCCUGGCGCAACGCAUCGAGGACAAGUUCGGACGCAUGCGACCUCUCAACAUCGAUAAAGAUGAAUAUGAGGCAGACAAAGAGCAUAUUUACCAAUGGAUUUUCAAAGGAAAGCACUUUGAAGAGAGUGAUAAUUGCACUUUUGAGGAGGUGGUGGACGUCGGACUCAUAGAUUCGCUGCAUAAUGCCACCCACAAAGAUCGCGCUCACGCUAAGAAAGAACCCUCACCCCCAGUUGUUGCGGCGCCUUCAAAACCACAUUUUAAUCAUUUUGCGCGUCCAGCCGGCCGUCAAGAAAGACGCACAGGUUCCGUUGAUUCUUUGUCAGACAUAAGCGAUGAUGCAGACACGGCACCUCGCCGGGAACCUAAGAUGGCUCGCCUCUCCAGAGAAGAACCCGAGGAAAAGUAUCGUGGAAACUCGCCAUAUCGCUCUCGAUUUGCCGUUAAAAAUAACGCGACAUCUAGGCUAUCUCAAGAAAAGGCUCGACCUGCCAAUUAUGAAUAUAAGGUAAAGCUUGCAAGCGAUAAACGCAUGGCGGCUGAGGAUUUCGCUAAGAAAACUCUCGCGUACCACGAAAAAAAUCCUGAAAAACACCCACUGUACCCUGAGGAGUGGAAAAAGUUCUGGAACAGGCGAUACAAGGAGAUACAAGCCGAGGGUAAGGAUCCGUCUAAACACGACUUCAAGCCGGAAUGGAUAAUUUUUUGGACGGCACGGAUGAAGGCUUUGCACGAUGAGGAACUACGUGUCACCGUUAACGAAAUAUACCGCAAGAUGUGUCUGUCGCCUCCCGACAUGACGAAGAAGUCUCCGGAACCUUCAUCACGACCCGGAGAUUCAGCUCGACGAGAUACAGAUAUUGCAAGACGUCCUGAUGACUCUCGCCGGCGAUCGCCUACGGACAGGCGCCACCGAUCGCCAAACCCAUGUCGUCGCUCGCCCGAACCACGUCGGCGAUCGCCGGAUCUUCGUCGUAGGUCUCCAGGAAUUCGUCAUAGAUCGCCGCUAGUACGACAUAGGUCGCCUUUGCGUCGACGAUCGCCGGAUACCAGACGAGAUCGUAGAUCGCCGAUUGGUCGUCGGUCACCUGUCAGGCGUCGCUCCUCGGAACGUCGUCGCUCACCGAUACCGCAUCGUCUCCGCACUCGAUCUCGAAGCCCUGUUCAUAAUAGACACAGCCCCGGGCGCCACCCCUCGCAGCCGCGGCGCAGCUGCAGCCCGCUGUCGCAGCGCGCCAUGCAGGCACGCAACCGCAGCCCUGACCACUUGCGCCAACUUGCACCUUCCUUGCAGACCGUACUUAUUUCUGAUGACGAACUCAGACCCGACGACGGGCUGUCCCCGUGGAAUUCGGACAACGAGAUAGCAUCGGUGACGUCGGCCGUGUCGCAGUCGGAGUCGCGGUCGCGCGCCGACAGCAACAGGUCGCGCAGCUCGCGGGCCAACAACGUGCGGCGCGCCGCCCCCGUCGACACCAGCGCGCCCGACGACGUCGUAGCCACGCUGCGCCUGCUCGUGGCACUCGAGGACUACCUCGGCAGCCUCGGACCCAAGCUCGUCGAUUUACUCGCGGAAGCGCUCAAGAUGGAGAAGGAAAAAGCGAACUCUUCGGAGGAGCUGCUGUUGCGCGAGAGCGCCACGGUGCUGAUCGAGACGGCGAAGGAGAAGCUGAAGGGCGCGGCGCAGGCGGGGCUGGUCAGUGGGAGCGCCGCCAGUGCCGCGCGCGCCGCCGUCGUGCGAGCCGCCGCCACGCUGCACGAGGCCGACAAGCGCCAGCGCGGACAGAAAACACAAAGUGCGACCAGUACUUCCAGAUCUGCGGUGCCCGUAGCUGGGAUAGGCGAGGUAGAUCGUGCUCAGAUCGCACAACAAAUGGCGGAGGCGCUUAUCGCUCAAGGCAAGACGGACGUGUCAUCCGAAGAGUUGGCCCAAUUGGUCGAUGCCGUCGUUGGCAUGGCCGAAGCUAAGAAACGUGAAGCCGAGCGUAAACAGCCAGAAAUAAUAGCUGCAAACAAACAAAACCCAUCACUCUUACAUCAAAGAAUUAGCGGAACUGCGUCAGCGCUUCAAAUGUUACAGUCGGCCUACGAUGAACAUGAUAAAAGAAUAGAGAAAGAGCACACUCCCGAUGCGAUGGACGGUCUGUCGGACUCAGACUUAGAAACGUUGCUCAAGAAUUUUAAUGAAUUAUCAGCAGAAGAGCAGCACAGUCUCAUCGCCUACCUCAAGAAGCUUGAAGCGCGGGAACCGGCGCGUGUGGAGCGUUUGCGGCAGUACGUGAGCGACGCCGCACACGCCCCGCCGCCCGCCACCGCCCCCCGCGCUGCCCUCGCCCGGCCCGGGCUCGAGCCACUGCCCCGCCCGCAGCCCCCCCAGGCCCCGCCGCCCGCCCCGCCCCAGGCCCUGCCGCACGCUCUAGACGCGCAGGUCGUGCUCGAGAGCGAUGACGAUGAUUAUACUGUUGAAGAGGUCUUUAAAUCUGCUACGCAGAAAGUAAAAGAAGAUCAAAUACGCCAAGAAAUGGAAAUAGUAAAGAAGUCAUUGGAGGAGGCCAAACCAUCGACUAAACCUGAGUUACCUCCUGAAGCUGUUGCUGACGCCAGUACAAGUAUUACUUCAAUUAUAGAUAUUACGAGAAACUUUUCUUCAGCCAGCGACCUGUUUGCGUUGGUACAGGCUUCACUAAAGUCCACUAUGAUCCCAACGCCUGCCCCAAUAGUACAGCCUCCAGAAGUAGUGGCCAGUAAUAUGCAACCCAGGUCAUUUGGAGAUUUGCCUGAGGUUCCAAUGGUUUCUCAAGAAACAUCAUUAAAUUCUCAACAAUCGCCAUUAUUAAGAAAUCCACAACAUAACUUAAUGGAUAACAAUAGCCAAGGAAAUCAGUUUGGAAAUGAUCGCUUUAAGCAAGGUAAUGUGCAGUUACAUGACGGUUUUAACCAUGGUAAUGCACCGCCAGGUGAUGGUGUCAACCAAGGCAUCACACCGCAUGAUCGUCUAAAUCAGGUCAACCAACCUAAGACUGAUCGCUUUAACCAAGGCAACCAACAGCCUAAUGAUAGUUUUAACCAAGGCAAUCAGGCGGCAAAUGAUCGAUUCAACCAAGGGAAUCAACCGCCCAAUGAUCGAUUUAACCAAGGGAAUCUACCACCCAAUGAUCGAUUUAACCAAGGGAAUCAACCGCCCAAUGAUCGAUUUAACCAAGGGAAUCCACCUCCCAAUGAGCGAUUUAACCAAGGGAAUCCACCACCCAAUGAGCGAUUUAACCAAGGGAAUCAAAUGCCCAGUGAUCGUUUCAACCAAGGGAACCAACCGUCGAAUGAGCGUUUUAACUAUGGCAAUCAACAGCCCACUGAUCGGUUCAAUCAAAACAGCCUGUUGCCUAAUGAUCGUUUCAAUCAAACCAAUCAACCAUCGCCUGAUCGCUUUAACUCAGGUAAUCAACCCUCGAAUAAUCGUUUCAACCAAAGCAAUCAAGCACAAAAUGAACAAUUCCAUCAAGGAAAUCAGCUCCCCAAUGACCAUUUUAACCAAGGCAAUCAACCAAAAAAUGAAAAUUUCGAUCAAAGCAACCAAGGCAAUCAGUGGAAUGCGAGACCGAACCAUGCACCGUUUAACUUAGGAGACUCUAUAGAUAAUAGAGGUCCAUCAAUUAGACCCUUGCUUAGUGCACCCGAUAACUUUGGCCCUAGUGGCCCGUAUAAUCAGGGUCCAAGACCACACUUUAUGAAUAACCGAGUCCAUGAUAAUCGAAAUAUGAAUCAGCAGCAGUUUGAGGAAUUACCACCUAAACAAUGGCCGCUUUUACAAGAGAAAUUGAAGGUAUUGUGGCCACUCAACAUUCCUGGAUACUACACACUGUAUGUAAACACCAAGUACCCGGCUUUAAGAGAAACUUUCAAAUUCGAAGUUUACUGUCCAUAUGGGAAGCUGGAAAAUGGAUUUGUUGCUAUAAAUGUUAAAAAUCACCAAGAAGUAGUAUUAUUUUCCUUAAGCGAAAACACGAGUAAAAUAGAAGAGGCGUUGGUGAUGACUCGUUUGAUAGAUUGGAGCAGGCCUGUUUAUUUCAACUUAGUGACCUCUUUAACUUUACCAGCUUUAAAAAGAGUGCAAGCUGUGAUGAAUUUCAAAAGAUUCUUUGUAACGAGGGCCAAAAUGUUUCACUUACCAGGCACUACUAAACCAUUUACAGAUUACAAGCUCCCAGACAAAACGACAAUGAAGUCGGUGAAACUAGAAGACAUUCAACGAGUAGACGAUGCAUGGGAUUUCAAGUAUCCAUGUUCAGAUAUCUACUUCGCAACUCUCGCCUCAAAUGGAUUGUCUUACGGUCUAUAUUCCACUGAAACCGACGAGUUACUGGCUUGGAUGUUUAUCAACGAGUUUAAUUACCUGUGUCAUUUAUACUGUGAGGAGAAACAAAGAAGACGCGGAUACGGACAGUACAUAAUGCAGUGUGUUGUAAACAACCUGUUGAAAGACGGUAAUGAUGUUUACGGUCACGUCGUGGAUGGGAAUGAGAUGCCUUUGAAAAUAUUCGCAAAAUUUGGUUUUAAAUUAGUUGACAAUGCUGCCUUCUUAACUGUUGAGAAUCCUUUGAAUAAAGUUUAA